AUGGGCUCCAGCAUCUUCCCACUCUGCCUGACACUUCUGCUGUGUUCUGUCUAUGGUUCUCCACUCUCUGUGGGACAGCUCUCCAGUGAAACUGAUGCUGGAGCUAGUGAGAUAUUCAAAGACAUUCCCCAAAUCAACUUGGCUGCUGGACUGGACCUCUUUCAGGGUGAUAUCUUGCUCCCUAAAAAUCAGCGAAAUGCCUUAAGAAAUGAGGCUUACAGAUGGAAGUUCCCCAUUCCCUAUAUUCUGGGUGAUGACCUAGACCUGAAUGCCAAAGGAGUCAUUCUCCAGGCAUUUGAAAUGUUCCGCCUGAAGUCCUGCAUUGAUUUCAAGCCAUAUGAAGGAGAAAGAACCUACAUUUUCUUUAGGAAACAAGAUGGGUGUUGGUCCAUGGUGGGGGACCUGCAGACUGGACAGAACCUCUCAAUUGGGUCAGGGUGUGACUACAGAGCAAUUGUGGAACAUGAGAUCCUGCACGCUUUAGGAUUUUACCAUGAGCAGUCGAGGAUGGACCGGGAUGACUACGUGAAUAUCUGGUGGGAUGAAAUUAUUGCAGGCCAAGAGCACAAUUUUGUGAAGUAUGAUGACACCUUCAUCACUGAUCUGAACACCCCCUAUGACUACGAAUCAUUGAUGCACUAUGAACCCCUUUCAUUUAACAAAAAUCAAAGUGUCCCCACAAUCACAGCAAAGAUACCAGAGUUUGAUGACAUAAUUGGACAACGUCUAGACUUCAGUGCCAUUGAUCUGGAAAGAUUGAAUCGCAUGUACAACUGCACUUCAACUCACACCUUUUUGGACCAGUGCUCUUUUGAGCUUGAAAACAUCUGUGGUAUGAUCCAAGGCACCAAGCAUGACCAAGACUGGGUUCGCCAGCAGGGCAGUGUGACAGGGCAGGAGGACCACACAUAUUCUGGACGCUGUAGAGAUGCUGGCUACUUCAUGUACUUCAACACCAACUCUGGCCAGGCAGAUGAGGUGGCAAUCCUAGAGUCCCGAAUCCUUUAUCCAAAGAGAACUCAGCAGUGCCUCCAGUUCUUCUAUAGGACCACAGGAAGCCCUUCUGACAAGCUGAUCAUCUGGCUUAAAGAGGAUGAUGGCACUGGGAACAUUCGUAAGAUGAGGAAAAUUCAAACCUUUCAAGCGGACAGUGACUCCAACUGGAAAAUUGCCCACGUAACCCUCAACGCUCAGAAGAAGUUCCGUUACCUCUUCCAAGGACUGAAGGGCAACCCCAGCUCUUCAUCAGGUGGGAUUGCCAUUGAUGAUGUGACUCUGACAGAGACCCCCUGUCCCAUGGCUGUGUGGGUCAUUCGCAACUUCAGCAAAAUCCUUGAGAACUCAUCCAUCAGCAUUGUUGAAAGCCCCCGGUUUUACAGCCCUGAGGGUUAUGGGUUUGGCAUCAGCGUGUUUCCCAACUACCAAAACAGCAGCUACGCUCGUGUUGCCUUCCACCUGUGCAGUGGGGAGAACGAUGCAGUUCUGGAGUGGCCGGCUCUGAACCGCCAGGUCACACUCACAGUGCUGGACCAGGACCCCGACGUCCUGAAAAGGAUGUCCUCGAGCAAAAGCUUCACCACAAGCAAGGACCAUGUUAACUCAGAUAGUGGAAGUAUAACAUGGGAUAAACCAUCAAUUGCUGGAAGGUUUGAUGAGUCGUGCAAUUGCAACAGAAGUGUAAGCCGGGGGUGGAAUAAAUUCAUAUCUCACAGCCAGCUGAGACGGAGAAGCUUCCUGAAAAAUGAUGACCUUAUUAUUUUUGCAGAAUUUAAUGAUAUAAUUCACCUCAAUAACACUGAAGUUCCUGUGGAACAUGUGCAAUCUGCCCUCACAGAAGGCCUCGUUCUUGAAAGGCAGAAGAGAGAAGCCCAGGACGUGGAGCCCAUCCAAGACCAGCUGCCUUAUCUGCCAGACCCGUGUGACCCGAGCCCUUGUCAGAACGAUGGAGUCUGUGUGAAUGUGAAAGGAAAAGCAAGCUGCAGGUGCCCAUCAGGACGAGCCUUCUUCUUCACUGGAGAGAGAUGUCAGUCAAGGCAUGUCCAUGGGAACAUCCUGGGAAUGCUGAUGGGUGGAAUUGCUGGAACCAUUGUCUUAACUAUCGUCCUCAUUUCCAUGAUGGCUAGAAGAUAA